CUAGAGUCUGCAAAUAGCCAUUAAAACAAGAGGAGAAUAAGCAAGUAAAGUGAGUUGCUUUUAUUCGCGUUUCAUUGGAUUUGUUUUCGUUUUAUACUUGGGUAAAAUGUCAAGACUAGAUAAGUUACAUUCCAACCUGAUGAAGCGAAUGUCAAUUGUCAUUCGUGAUAUUUGGGUGGAGGUGGAAGCGACGGUGAAGGACUAUCAAAAGGAAGCAGCCCAAACACGAUCAGAAAACGCAAGACUGAAACAACAGCUCGAAGAUGUGCUGAGCAGGAAUCAGGCACAGUUAAACGGAGUCCACUAUGUCCCUCCUGAUGAAGUCUCACCCACAGAGUUACCAGCAUGUGGAUAUGGGUCCCCAGCUGAGUCAGAAGACCCAGAAGAUCAGCAAACGGAGGGCGGUGCCCAGAGUGAAGAUUCACCUAGUGACCUGAAGCCACACAUACUAGAUGUCAUUUCAAUCUGUAAGACGGAGGCAGAGGAUAGAGAGCUAGUGCAUCAAAAAGAUGUCUCAUCUGCAGGUGAACAACGACUCUUCCCUCAGUUCGACAGCUCGAGUACAGAUGAGAUGUGGAACAGGAAUGUGCCCACUGCGGCAACACCAAGGGUCAAGAUUGAGCCCAAGGACACCAUCAUCACAAUAACAUCUUCGGUUACUACCACCCCUGCCCAUGCCGGUCAAUGUCAAGACCAGAUGAGAACAGCCAGUGACACUUCAACCAUGUCGAGGAGACAGCAGCGAAAGGAGCACCAUCGCUCACGAUACACCAAACCUAGAAGAGCAUUUACAAAAGAUCACGAUCAUGAAGGGCCAUAUAAGUGUAACAAAUGUGGAAGGCUGUUAAAGGACUUGGCAAAGCUGCAACUGCACAAGAAAUUGCAUGAAAGAUCCUUCAUCUGUCACUGGUGUGGCAGAAAUUUCUCUAAGUUUGACUACCUUCGGAUGCAUAUGCGCACACACACCGGAGAACGGCCUUACCGCUGCAACUGGUGCUCAAAGACCUUCAGCCAGAGCGGGAACAUGAGGAGACAUGAGCGCACGUGCCGGAGUUUCAAUGAAGAACCAGCGUCGCACGCACUAGAAGAUCAACAGCUGCCUGCCGAGUGACCAGUGCGUCGUUGUUGCCAGAUCGCUGCAGGCACACCUCAAGAAAGAACCUGUUAUUGUGAUAGAGAGCUGAAACUCGAUUUUCAUUACAUAUAAUGGGAUAUUUAUUGUUUUAUCACGUAUAUUAGAAGCUUCCAUGUUACAGAAAAUACAGAAGGCCGAUAUGCUGUUUGACCAUAUUUCUAUGACUUUUUUUUUUUCUUAUAAUAAAUACUCCACAGAGAGCAUUAUCUAGCCAAUGAAAUAUUUUUAGGCAGUGUGGAACUAUAAAAAAUGUAUAUUCAAUAUAGGAAGGAAUGACUUUCAUUACUUAUUUUAUUAAUUCCAGUAUAUUUCCAGGACUACACAUUACAAUUAGAAAAUUCCAGGUUUUUGGUGACUGUAGGAAUUACAGAGAAAAUCUAAAAGCAGUAUAUUAGGAUAUGAAUCAAUGUGGUAGACUGAAUGGGAAAAUUUACUUAAACUGCAAAAUUGAAGAAAAUCAUGUAAGUUGAGAAGAUGUGUCUUAUGACUGUAAAAUGAGAAACUUUGUCGUAUGUAACAACAAACACCUGAAUAAACUAGAUUCAAUUUAAUCUGACAUCAGUAAAUGUAUGUAUCCGAGGAAAAUGUUUUUGUGGCCAUUGUGAAGUUACUGUAUGUCUGUGUACGUGUGUAAUAUGCAUACCUAGGGAUGCUCAGUUUUGCCUUAUAUUAAAAAUAUUUUACAACCUUGUUAUUUAGAUA